AUGCGAGCAAAGGUCAUUGAAAUACUUCAAGAACAACAAUGUUCAAACAACGGGAAUUGCCAUACAUUUUAUGCUCCUGUGCCACCAGACGAAGUUUUGUUAGUUAAUGAUUUAAUAAAAGAAUACCUGGAAUGGAAUGGAUACCUGUAUACUGCAACCGUAAUGACCUCUGAGGCUUCAAUGCCUGAAGAAAAACGAACAAGAGCAGAACUUUGUGCCGAAGUAGGAGUAAAAGACGACGAAAAGUCUUCAGCCUUACCACUUUUAACAAACAUAGUAGCCGCGUACACUGAGCGCAUAAAACGCAAAAUAAACAAAAUAAAAAAGGAAGGCUCAUAG